UCGACCCCAGGACCCUGAGAUCAUGACCUGAGCCAAAACCAAGAGUCAGACACUUAACUGACUGAGCCACCCAGGUGCCCCAUAACCAGAAUAUUUUUAAAUGCUUUAAUGGAUUUUUAAGCCAGUAUCAGUUGGCUUUAUACAUUCUUAGUGGGGAAUGCGCUAGUGUAGGAAAGUGACAUUUGGGGGGGAGGUAAUAUCACACAGAGCAAUUUCAGGACUGUUUAUGGUAUUUUCUUAUGCUUUUCAGAAAUGGAAUUCAGUGAUUCACUUUUUAUUUUAUCCAGAAGGGACUUGUACAAAAUCUCUACCUGAUGUCAAUUUUCUCUUCAGGUAACUUUUCAGAUCACCCCUCCGUGUACCCGUGAGAGGCAUUAUGAGCAUUUCGGACGAUGCUGUAAUAAAUGUGAACCAGGAAAGUACAUGUCUUCUAAAUGCACUACUACCUCGGAAAGUGUAUGCUUGCCCUGUGGCCCAGAUGAAUACUUAGACACCUGGAAUGAAGAAGAUAAGUGCUUGCUGCAUAAAGUUUGUGACACGGGCAAGGCCCUGGUGGCCGUGGAGCCCGGCAACCGGACGGCCCCGCGGCGCUGCGCGUGCACGGCCGGCUACCACUGGAGCGCCGACUGCGACUGUUGCCGCCGAAACGCGGAGUGCGCCCCGGGCUUCGGCGCCCAGCACCCGGCUCAACAAGGACACUAUUUGCAAGCCCUGCCUAGUGGGCUACUUCUCUGAUGCCUUUUCUUCCACCGAGAAAUGCAAACCCUGGACCAACUGUAGCAUUCUUGGAGAGGCAGAAGUACAUCAUGGGACGGAUAAAUCUGAUGUGGUUUGUAGUUCUUCUCUGUCAUCAGCAAAGCCUCCAAGAGAACCCCCGAUUUACUUGCCCAGUUUAAUUAUUCUGCUUCUCUUCAUAUCCGUGGCAUUGGUUGCUGCUGUCAUCUUUGGUGUUUAUUAUAGGAAAAAAGGGAAGGUGCUAACAGCUAAUUUGUGGCACUGGGUCAAUGAGGCUUGCGGCCGCCUAAGUGGAAAUAAGCAGGAGUCCUUGGGCAACAAUUUCAGCAACACUCACGUGGAAGCCUCUAGUCAGCGUGAAAUUUGUGAAGGUGUCCUACUGCUGACUCUGGAAGAGAAGAUGUUCUCUGAAGAUAUGUGCUGUCCAGACAGUGGCGGUGUCUGUGAGGGUGCGUGUGCGGGCGGCGGGCCCCGGGCCAGGGUGCUCCCCUUGGUCAGCGAGCUCGAGGGGGACCCCUUCCGGCACAUUCCCAUGGAAGACGAGUAUGUGGACAGGCCCUCCCAGACCCCAGACUCUUCGCUGUUCCUCACUCAGCCUGGGAGCAAGUCCACACCCCCUUUCCCUGAGCCCCUGGAGGUGGGGGAGAAUGACAGUUUGAGCCAGUGCUUCACUGGGACAGAGAGCCUGGCCGAUUCUGAAAGCUGCCAUUUCGCCGAGCCCCCGUGCAGGACUGAUUGGAUUCCCACGGCCUCCGAAAAGGACUUGCAAAAAGAAGUGGAGGGUGGCCAUUGCCCCCACUGGGGGGCAGCCCGCGGCAGCUCGGCAGAGGGCUGUGCAAACUGUGGGAACCUGCCUGGGGAGGCCCGGGAACCCCGCAUGGCUUCGCUGCAAAGCGGACCCUUGCCCCAGUGUGCCUAUGGCAUGAGCCUUGCGCCCGAAGAUGCCGCCGCCGGGCCUGGCCAGCCCGCCGACGGGGCUGAACGAAGGCUCCCCGGCUCCGUGCGGGGGGGCCCUGGGUCUGGAAGCGCCUCCAGCGACCAGCCACCUGCAUCUGGAAAUGUGACUGGAAACAGUAACUCCACGUUUAUUUCCAGCGGGCAGGUGAUGAACUUCAAGGGCGACAUCAUCGUGGUCUACGUCAGCCAGAACUCCCAGGAGGGCCCGGCAGGGCCGGGCAGCGGCGCGGGGGAGCCGGUGGGCCGCCCGGUGCAGGAGGAGAGCCCGCCGCGCUGCGACUCGUUCGCCGGCCUCGCGCCGCGCUUCCCGGACCCGUGCGCCGGCCUGGACGCGCGCGCGGGCGGGGGGCUGCAGGAGCGCGGCGCCCCCGGGCCCGACAAGGCGUCGCGGCCGGUGCAGGAGCAGGGGGAGGCCGAGGCCGGCGCGACAGGGGCACGGCGCUGAGCGGCCGGGGACCCGCAGCGGCUCUCGGCGCCCCUCGGAGCCGCCCUGCCCGCGGGCGGGCUCCGGUCUCUGCGUCUCCAGCCCGGCCUCCGCGGGCUCCGCAGGGGCCGCGUCUCUACCCCACCCGGGAGCCAGGGGCACCUGCGCCUGGGCGGGGCCGGGGGUGGGGCUGGCACCGGCGCCUGGGCGGGGCCUGG